AUGUCCAGCAAUAUUAACAACACAACAUCGCACACUAGCGAAAACGCGACUCACCACGAGCAUGUCCCAAUGCAAAUCGACUAUCUGACCCGGCCUUUUGUACCGAUAGAAAUAACAAGAAGAAAUCCAGAACCUCGCGUGGACUUGUUAUUUGACAUAUAUACAGACGACUCAGAGACGUCGGGAUCAGAUACGUCAGACACGACCGAGACAUCUGAGCCUGAUUUGCCUAUAUGGGCCCGAAGCCUGUACGACACUUUCGCCAGACUAGAUCUCAUGCUGAAUGAGAUCCGCCGCGACAUGGAAAAUAUGGCGACAAGAGUAGAGAAUUUAAAUCUCAGAGUGCAGCGACUGGGGCAAGAGAAUGCUGCUGAGACGUGGGCAGAUGAGGAUACAUGGGGAGUGCAAUGGCCUCUGAGACAUGUUGGUGCAGAUACCGAGAAUAUCAAUCCUCAUCCAGCUAGUCCUGCAGACGAGGUCCAGUGGAACACGCCUGCGCGCCGAACACGGCGAUUCCUUCGAAGAGGCGCGGGAUUAAAAGAUAUGACCGCCUCGCAAAUGAACAUUCUAGGCAACAUUUGCAAUCCUCCUUCUCUCUGA